GGCGACGAAAGACACUGGCUUACCAUAUACUUGGACUACAAAUGCUACAAAAGAAAUCCUUUGCGCCACUCCAUAAUUCUGAAACUAGCGAUUCUGAAGUUUGCAAUAGUGUAGUGUUUAUGAGGAGACGUGGAAUAUGUGAUAAAUAAAUGGAAGUCAAUUCUUUUGAGGAUCUCAUAACGCCAUUGAAUGUUUCUCAAAGAUCGCUUGAAGAUUGAAGAUUGCCAAAAUCGUCCACUUCAUCUUCCUUAGCAAUAACUCACACUGAUGAGCGACGGAACGCUCAGAACUAGUCCCUCCGUGAACAAAAAUCAUACAGCCAUUUUUCUUUAUCAAGAAAUUCUUCCCAACGUCUCGAAUGACUUAUUCCGAUGACAUCUGAAAUAACACAAGUUACCAAAGAUUCAUCGAUCUCUACGCCAAGAUCCUAUCGUGACGAACUUUGAAUUUGAAAAAUCAAGCCCCGAGGUCAGAAUUUAGAUGUUCGAAUGGAUCGCGAAUGUUCGUGGUUGAGAAUGUAACCAUCGAAACAGCAAAGUUGGAGAAAACUUUUUGCAAAAAUGCAGUCGACUUGCCAGCAGCAGCAGGCUCAGCCAGGUCAGAACGGAACAUCCGCCAAUAGGACGUCAUUCCUGAUAGAGGAUAUCCUAAGCCGCGGCACCGUUCCUCCGCAUUCUCAUCAUCAGCUCCAUCAUCAGCAUCUGACGUCUAAUCACGGGGUGCAGCAUCAACACUACCAACAAUUCGCCAGUUUGCUGCCUGGCUAUCCAUCGGCACCACCCACCGCGGCCUUCUUUUUGGGACCAUUGUUCGGUAACACGGCAAUGGGGGUCGGUGUAGUGCCGGGAGUCAGUGAACUUGCGGCCUUGAAGCACUGCCGUCGACGGAAAGCACGAACGGUGUUCAGUGAUCAACAAUUAGCGGGUUUGGAAGCCAGAUUCGAGGUGCAGAGGUACCUCAGCACCCCGGAGAGGGUCGAGCUUGCGGCGGCUCUUCACCUCUCGGAGACUCAAGUGAAAACGUGGUUUCAAAACCGGCGAAUGAAGCACAAGAAACAAUUGAGAAAAUUGAGCACAAGCGCGGGAAGCAACAGCAAUCAGAAUUCCAAUCAGCAAUGCACCGGCCAAUCCGUUUCCGGCACAUCGCCUGUCGAACGACCAGUGGAUUUCUCGCUAAGCGGCGGUAGAGAGUCGCGAGGAAGCAGCGACGCUCCCGUGGACUCCGAUGACGACGAGAUCGACGUCCUGGGCGACGAAACGCCGGCGCCGUCUCCGACGCGAACGGGGAACAUCCACGUAUCCAGACGCGUUGGUUCGCCGACGAGUUUUCAUCAGAUGACGCAUCCCCAUUCGGUUAGCUUGUCCCACCAACCGCAACACGGCCAACCAAUCCAACGUCAACAUCGCUGAAAUGAGAUAGCCCAAGCGUGUCGAUCUUUUAACAACGACACGCUCCUACCUCAGGGUGAAACGAACAUCUUCGAGUGGCACCUCGAGGACACGGAAAUUGGGAAAGUUUGAGCCUUAAACAUUCAGGAUGUGAGUGGUGAUGUCGAAUCGAGAUGUCGAGGAUGGCUGAAGACUUUAAAGGUUCAUUUCCGUGGAGUUAUCGUUUGAAUAAGAGUUUCUCAAAUUGGACAAGACGGAGAAGGAUAUUGCUGAGUGGAAUGAAAUGCUUCUUGGAGUGUUUUGUUUAUAUUGAGAGAAGCCAUGAACCCUUAGAAGCCUGAUUUUCCAAAUUAAAUUUUUAAAAAUACCAAUGUAUUUAUUAUUUGAACAAUUUUGACAGCUGACGUUUAUUUUUUUAACUUUUGUUCAAAAGAAUAUUAUACAAAGAUAACAUACAUACAGAAAAAUAUUAAAAACAAACCAAUUGCAAGUGUACAAUUCGAUUUGAAAGUCCGAUAUCAAAUUUGAAACUUAGGGCAUGUAACGGUUAAGCUCUUGAAGGACGUUUCAAGAAGCGAGUAGUUAUUAAUUUAGGUGAGGCGAGUAGGUACUAAUUUUCGAAGAGUUAUUGUGUGAAUUAUUUUUUCUCAAAUUGGCCGAGGUGGAAAGCAUAUUGUAGAGAAGCAUAAGAAGAAUGCUUCGUGUGAUAUUAUAUUGUAUUGUGAGGAACGAAUUUGCAAUGGUUUUCCUUUUGCUGCAAGGUAUAAAACCACAUUAAGAAGCCAAAUAUUAAUAUUAAUAUUAUUAUUAGUGUUUCCGCGAUUUUCUUUUUCCCAGAAAAAUUCAAAUGAAGUUCUUUUAACUUUGAGAAUAUUUUAGGCAUGCUUUAACGUACAUUUGGUAAUUUUUUCAAUUUAUUUCUCAAAGAAAUAUUUGAAAUAUCAGCUUUGUUCUCUGUAGCAAGUUUUUGUCCAAGUCUCUAUCGAUGAAAAUUCUGGAGGUCACAAUUCUUUACAUUAUUAACAUAUUUUCCAAGAAAGUAAACCAAACUGUGGUUAAAAAAGUUAAGAACUAAAUUUUUUAGGAGUAUCUAAAGAAAAAGUAUCAAUUUUCGCAAUCUUUUAUGCAAUCUUUUAAGCUUUUAGCAAUAAAAAAAAACAUAUUUUACACAAAGACUGAAUCCCAAUUUUUAGUUCAUAUUCAAGGUAUUAAAUAAACAAAACAUAUGUAAAGUUUAAAAACAAUCAAAUAAAUGCGAUAUCACAAAAAUUCCUGUACGAAAUGAAUUAUAAAAAUUAUCAAACGUACUUUAAAAUAUACCUAAAAUAUUCUCGAAGUUAAAAAAACUUCAUAUAAAUUCUUCUGGGAAAAAAGAUAUCCCGAAAAGCAUCUAAUACUUAGCUCUCUAAUUUUGACAUGCAAAUAUGCUGCCACUUUAACAUUCUAGAAGAUAUUAUAAUCGUAAACAAUGGUAAUUUGAAUACAGAAGCAAAAGUACGCAUAUAUGUCAAUAUCCUUCAAGAGGUUAAUCAAUUUAUUGUUGAUGAGAGUGAAAUUAUUUAAAAAGAUAAUGGAAAGUCAUAAAUAAAUGAGAUUUUUAUUCGUUAUUUAUCUCUAAACUGUGGAUUUUAUACAUUUAUGAGGCAUACUGAUAUGAAUAACACGUGCGAAAUACAGUGGGUGUAGAUAGUAUUCGUACACCGUUCAAUUUCCAACAAAAACUAUGUAAAAUUGUAAUUUAUCAACUUAUUUUUUAUAAACAAUGACAUUCUACAUAUUCUCGGAAAUCUCUAGAAUAGAUAGAGAACAAAAAAAAGAUAGCUAUUCAUGUAAGUUACGAAAUUACAAAAAAAAAAAAAAAACAAUUAAUCGAUAGAAAUAUUGAAGCAAUAAGUAUUUGCACAACUGUUUAAUUUUUGAAAAUUCAUUAAAAAAAAGAAAUUUUCAUUAAUUUACAAGUAUAUAAUACUUCCUUCGUGGGAUUUUCUUUUGAUUGUUUAAUUAUUGCAACUCUUCUAAGCGUUAAAUUAACUAAAUUACACUAGUUUACAGCCAAAAUGUACAUUCAAUGCCACAAUUUUUUUCUUACGUAUUUUGGCCUACUGAACUCCAAAAUUGCAAGAAAAAAUUUGUCUAUGUAUAGGUUUUUUUUAUAUGAAUUUUUUAAUUUUUUUUCGAUUUUUUCUGACAUACGUUCACAUUUUAGGCCAUAUCUCGAGUUACAAACAUCCGAUUGGGUCGCGCAAGACGCCAUUUUAAAGGUAAUCGAAUUUCCAACAAUUGCUUUUUACAUUAUUUUUCAAUAGGUUCAAUAGUUUAAGUGUUACGAGCCAAUAUAUAUGAGAAACUUUGAUUUUUUCGGCUAAAAUAGAACACGAAUAUUUCUUCCAUCGCUAUGAAAAAUAGAAAUUGUCAAAUUAUGUCCAGUUUCUUAUUGUUUACGUAUAGAUCGCACUUUUACGAAGAAAACAAGCUUUUGUUGAAGAAAAUUUAUGGAUAAAUACCGGAGUUAGGAACCAUUGAGUAAAGGUACAAAAAUUCCAAUUUUACUCUGUUUUUGUAGUUUUCUCCUAUUUAUAUAGGAGAGAAACAUUUAUUUAAUUAAUUUCGAUUAGAAAUAAUUGCGGCCUUUACUUUGUCUUCUGUUAUUCGAUGGGUUCGUUUCUCUGAUGAGGAACCAAAUGUAGUCUCCCAACAUUCUUUCAUCCCACAUUCCUUGAUAGCCAUUUACUUAAACGGUCCAUGGACUUAUAAACGAACAAUAGAAAAGAAACGAAGUAAAUUAAAAUUCAAUCAGACCCACUGGUCAUCUUCUUACCUCCGCACAGUACCUCCGUCAAAAUUACUUUACACCCACAAAAAACAAGCCGAAGCAUUCUUCCUAUAAUCAAUAGUCCUUACUAAAUACUUAUAACCCAUUUACUUAAACUGUCCAUGCACCUAUAAACAAAUAAUAGAAAAGAAACGAAGUAAAUUAAACACUUAAACUAUUGAACCGAUUGGAAAAUAAUGUAAAAAGUAAUUGUUGGAAAUUCGAUUACCUUUAAAAUGGCGUCUUGCGCGACCCAAUCGGAAGUUUCUAACUCAAGAUAUGGCCUAAAAUGUGAGCAUAUAUCAGAAAAAAAUCGAAAAAAAAUUCAAAAAUUCAUAUAAAAAAAACUUAUCCAAAGAAAAAAUUUUUCUUGCGAUUUUUAAGUUUAGUAGGCCAAAAUACAUAAGAAAAAAAUUGUGGCAUUGAAUGUACAUUUCUUUUUUUUAUUUUGUAAACUAGUGUUAUUAGUUAUUCAAAGUGGGAUCUUCAAUUCCUCUAUUAGAGCCAUUUUUAAAAGUAUUUUACUGGAAAUUUGAUGUUUUCUAAUUCGUACGAAGCAAUAAACUAAUGUGUUUACGUUACAAACUCUACUAUAAAUGGUUCGUCAUAAGAAUCGUACAAAUACUUAUUGCUUCUAUACUUUUACCCACUUUCGCAUAUUUUUGUUAAUUUCACAAAUUAUAUUAACUAGUAAAUGUUGUUUGGACUAUAUCUAUCUUAGAGAAUACUUUCGAGAAUAUGUAAAAUAUCAUUAAUUAUAAAAAAAGAAGUUAAGAAAUUACAAUUUCACACGAAAGUUUUUUUGGGAAAUUGAUCGGUGUACGAAUACAUUCUACACCCAUUGUACAUGUAGAUGAAUGUCUCAUAAAUUGUUAUAUUUUAUUUCGCAUAAGUGCAUGUGUGUUGCACACGUUUUGCAUGUGUUUUUCGUGUUUGUAUGCACGAUUAAUGUAUAAAUUCUACAGUCUGUCACUUUUUCAUUCCACUUGUUAAAAGCAAUAGAAAACCACUGAAUUUUAAUGAAUUUAUCAUGUAAAAGAAGACAGUUUUGCUUGAAAGAUUAAUUUCAUUAAUAAAUAGUACUAAAAAGUCUCAAGAAUCACUUCAGAUGUCUUUUAUAAGCAACACAAACAGUCUAAAUUAAAAAAUUCUACGUACUCCAAAUUAAAUGAAAAUUUGUUUAAACUUAAACAUAGUCUUUUGAAAAACAGUUUCAAAGUUACUAAGAAAAUAAGAAUUUCCCAUUCUACUUUUUGGAGGUUCACCAAAAAUUCUUUAUCAAGAAAAAGUUAAAAUUUGAGAAACGCUGAUUCGAACGAUCAUCGUUCAAGAAAGAUUUAUUUAUCCAUCGUCCAGGGAAAUUCCUCGUGCAAUUCAACCAAUCUAAUUUUAUCGGAUAACCUGUGGAAUUUAGGAAAAUCGUGGUUCCAAUCAAAUUUUCAAUGAUCUUGGUAACGAUUUAAUCGACGAAAUCGUAGAGAAAGGAAACGUUGUCGAUCAAACAAAGUGAUGUAGAUUCUUCGAAGAUAGACAACAAUUUCAAUAAAAGUUUUUCAUUCCCAGUGCGCCUAAUUUUUAGCAACUGAAACGUAUUACGAGACUGUGUUAUAAGUGUAAAAAUAUAUAUAUAUAUAUGGAAGUGUAAGAAGAACUGUUUUCCGCGAUUUUCGUUUCAAUUAUUCGGAAAUUAGUGAAACCUUGAGAACGUUGAGAGAAAAGCUUUGGAACUAUUUUCAAUGCCAAUGAGAAUUAAACGAUACUGUAAAAAAAAAAGCGGACGUAAAAUGGUGUAAGAUAAGACUUUGAUAAGCUCCGCGAGCGAAAAAAAGAAUGUAGAAAGUGUAAACGUGUAAAUGACUCGCUAAUCGAUUUCUCGCGACACUUUUUAUAGCAAAAUGCCGUAAUUAAAGCUAGUCUGUUUCGUGUCACUUUUUAUAGCGAAGUAGAAAGUUAGCCUGUGGUUCAAGUUGGGAUUAAAAUGUCACG